AGCAGCUCUAAUAACACUCAUAUCUGUGCCGUGAAGAAGUCUGCACAUGUACAAGGACAACACGGUUAAAGUUUCCUUUGAAGUUAUGGCUCAUGUAUCAGCUGUUCGGUCUCUGUAUAAGAGAAUCCUGAUGCUGCACCGCUUCAUGCCCAUAGACCUGCGGGCUCUGGGUGAUCAGUAUGUGAAAGAUGAGUUUAGGAGACACAAGACCGCAUCAGGUGAAGAGGUGACGCGCUUCAUGACAGAAUGGCAGAACUACAAAGACACCCUACAGACGCAAGUGCUGGAAGCGGUGGGAAACAAGAAGUUGGUGUUUGGCGCUGAUUUAUCGGAAGACAAACUCAAAGACUUUCAAGAAGAGCAGAUCGGGCAGCUUUACGAGCUUAUGCUUGAGUCCACAAAACCCAACCGGCAGUUUGAUAUUCAAGAGGAAGGAACGCCAAAGUAACACACACUUGAAGGGAACAGAAGGAUUCUUUAUCUCCUCUCUGUGGGAAAGUCUUCCCAUCGGAACAUAUUUUGACUCAUUAUAAAGUACUUUCAAGACUGAUGAUUAAAUUAAAAUGUUUCAAAAAGUCUUCGAUGUUGCCUCUUUUUGAUGUUUCUGAGGAUAAAAAUAAAAGAUAAAUGUGGCUUUGUGAUCAGCGGUUAUAAUGAGGAUGCUUCAGCUUUGGUAACAGCACCACCUGUGGUCAAAAUUUCACAUUUUUGAAAAUUUGGCUUAAACUCACAGUAUUCUCUCCAUUUUUUAAGGCAGCUCUUGAAAUGCUAUGAAUUAGGGAUGUGCCCGAAUAGUGAAUCUGUAUUCGGAAAGGCACAGACAAUGGAUAACGCAUUCUACAGAGCCACUAAAAGGAAUGUAGUUAGGUGUUUGCUAGCAGUAGUCUGUUACAUUACAGUAGGGAUGUGGCGAAUAGUGAAUCCGUAUUCGGGAAAAGCACAGAAAACAAAUAACGCGUUCUGUAGGCACAGAAAAUGAAUAAUGCAUUUAUAAUGCACAGAAAAUGAAUAAUGCACUAAAGGGGCAUGUUUAGCUGCUUGCUAGCAGUAGCCUGUUACAUUACAGUAGGGAUGUGCUUGAAUAGCAAAUCCAUAUUCGGAAAGGCACAAAAAUGGAUAACGCAUUUUACGGAGCCACUAAAGGGGCAUGGUUAGCCUCUUGGUAGCAGUAGCCUAGCCUGUUACAUUACAGUAGGGAUGGGCUUAAAUAGUGAAUCUGUAUUCGGAAAGGCACGGAAAACAAAAAAUGCAUUCUACAGUAGGGAUGUGCCCAAAUAGUAAAUCCGUGUUCGGAAAAGCACAGAAAAGGGACGUAGUUAGCAGCUUGUUAGCGGUAGCCUGUUGCAUUACAGCAGGGAUGUGCCCUAAUAGUGAAUCCGUAUUCGGAAAGGCACAGAAAAUGAAUAAUGCAUUUUACAGAGCCACUAAAGGGACAUGUUUAGCCGCUUGCUAGCAGUAGUCUGUUUCAUUACAGUAGGGAUGUGCUUGAAUAGUGAAUCCAUAUUCGGAAAGGCAUGGAAAACGAAUAAUGCAUUCUACAGUAGGGAUGUGCCCUAAUAGUGAAUCCGUGUUCAGAAAGGCACAGAAAACGGAUAAUGCCUUCUACGGAGCCUCCAAAGGGACAUAGUUAGCAGCUUGUUAAUGGUAGCCUGUUACAUUACAGUAGGGAUGUGCUUGAAUAGCGGAUCCAUAUUCGGAAAGGUGCGGAAAACAAAUAAUGCAUUCUACAGUAGAGAUGUGCCCAAAUAGUGAAUCCGUAUUUGGAAAGGCACAGAAAAUGAAUAAUGAAUUUUACGGAGGCACUAAAGGGACAUGGUUAGCCGCUUGCUAGCGGACCGUGCCCAUUGUCCAUACUCUCCUCUCCUUGCUAAAUGUGCACGCUUUCGCGAUCAUCAACAACUGUAUGCAAUCACAGAUUGCAUGCUUUGAUUCAUUGUUCAGCGACUCUUUGUAAGAAAUUGUGUAUUUUUUCCAUUUAAGUACAGUAAAACUUUUUAGUAUCACAGUGCAAUUAAAUUCACAGCUACGUAACAGAGGGUCUUACAGUUAUUUUAUCCCUUACUGCUUUAAUAUUAAGAAAUUAGGGUGAUAUAUAUGUGUUGAUCAGCUGGCUGAGAUCAAGCUAUAUUGUGUUUAUCAUUUUAUCUGGUAGAUGUAUCUGUGCUUAGUUCUAAUAACUUAAACAUUAAAAACUGCAAAUGAGAAAUCAAUUUGGUCCUGUUUGAGAAUGUGUUCAAUGUGUUCAUGUGUUCUGGCCACAUAACUGAGUGC